CGGGUUGGACUAGAUGAUCCUCACGGUUCCUUCCAACUCCACAAUUCACAAGCACAGUUCUAUGCCCCAUCCCUCCCUGCGUAGGAUAGCAUUCUGUGGAAUCUCAGGUAGUGUAGAGAGAUGGAAAUGGGGUGUCAACCGCUGUCGCUGCUCACAUUGACCACAUUUAUUACCACAGUGACAGCAAUGGAAGCAAUAGCCAUUGUAAACUUCCUAAAGCAAGGGCUAAAAUAAUUUGAGCAUCUUGGUUCGGCAAGAGGAACCAAGGGCAGCCCACCUAGUGAUGGACCUAGUGAUGGACAUGUAAGGAAGCAGAAUGGAAGGAAAGAAACAGGAACCCUAGUGAACUUUCACAUCUCUGAAGGAAGGUGCAUAAUUUCACACCUGGCUGUGACCCCUCAGUCUAGAAGAGCCACCACUCUCUGCUUCAUUUCCCACAUUGGGGGAAGGGGGAUUUCCAUUCAUGCCAGUAUGAUAGGGUGAUCUUGUACCUCAGCACAGGAGGUAAUUAGUCUGGGUUAAUAAAUUAUAUUGCAUGACAAUCCUCCUGAGGGUGAAAAGAAGAGUAAGAAGCUUUUAACGAGUGGGAGUCCCUAGCUUGGUUUGUCACCAAGAUGAGUCAGCCCCCUACAGUUGGCAGCAUUUCAUGGGAGAAGGAAAGGAUGCAUGGAUAAGUACCUUUCCUGAAUAUGCACAAAAAGGAUGAAAGGGGCAUGAAGAAGUUUACACAUCUAGCAAGUGCCCUCCUCUUCUGCACUUUGGGGAUGACUGUAGCCUCUGCAAUAUAUUUGUCCGCAACACAUUAAAAUGGCAUGAUGGUUUAGUCCCAAAUGUGUUGCAUAUUUUUCCAGCACUGAGUUACUUAUGAUCAAAACUUUAAUAAAUUAUCAAAAGGCUGUUAUUGGAUGAUAGUAGUAGACUCACGGCAGUGUUAUCUCAAGAACCCUAAAAAAGUAUUUGUUGUUGUUGCUUUACUUUUAUGAUAAUAAUAAUCCAAAACACACAUCCCAAAACUGACAGUUUUGCAAGAGUUGGGUAGAUGCAGGUCUUGGAAUUACUAGUGUGUUAUACAGCAAGCAAUGUGUAAAUGAGAUUAAUGAAUGUACGAUAAUAAUCUCCAGAAAGUCCACAUAUGUUGUUGGUUGGAUUUCCCAAAGUGGAAAAAGCAUGUAUAUAGUUUCAAUGGGUUGUCAUAAAGAUCAAAUAAAUCCCAACAUAGUUUCCCCGAAUUCUAAACGUCAGUUGAAAAAAAGAAUUCCAUGAAAUGAAACACAUAUGUUACACUGUGAUAAGAGCUUAAUGGAAAAGUUAAUAUCAGUGAGUUUAAUAUUUUCAAUUUGCAAACACUUUUCGUCAGAGUGAAAAGCAAGAAGGUGGUAGCAAAAUGAGAGCUUCAGUUAUUCUACUCUGGACAAAUAUGAUGUGAUGCAAUGUGCCUUGUAAUGCACAUUCCCAGAAGAUGAAGGAAUUGGUUGGUAUUAUUGUGCCAUUCAAAUAACUAUAUUCUCAAAAGUCAGUUUUUUUGCAUAUUAAAGUUACAGGCUAACACAAUGAGCUGUUAAAUUUAAGCCAGGUCUAGAUGCAUGAGAUCUCUUUAGCUCAGUAUAUUUAGCACUUUCAAUUUUGCAAAUGCAUUACAUUUUUUCUUGUGCGUUCUCAAAACUCAUUCAAUUGUGCCGAACAGCACAAAAAGGGCACAUUUCAGCAAAGUAAGUGUGCUUUUUUUUCAGUUGCACUAGUUUCAAGAGUUUGACUAACUCCUCCAGCGAAACCAGCACAUUUUGAAAGUGCUUAAUUCUGAGCAUGCAGUAAAGAAGAUUCCUGGGCUAUAAAAGAUGAAGAGUCUACUUUUCCUGGUGUUGAUUUCUUUCUGCUGGGCUGAUCAUCAUGCUGCCAACUUCACGCUGGACCAUGACAGAAUUAUUCACAUCCACGAAAAUGGACCUCGCCUCCUUGUGGAAGCAGAUCAAACAAAAAUCUUCUCACAACGAGGUGGCAAUGUUACACUGCCAUGUAAAUUUUAUCGUGACCAUGGAUCAUCUGACUCGGGAUCCCAUAAAAUUCGGGUCAAGUGGACCAAACUCACCUCAGAUUACCUCAAGGAAGUGGAUGUCUAUGUUGAAAUGGGAUAUCACAAAAAGAGCUAUGGGAAUUACCAAGGAAGGGUUUUCCUGAAGAAAAGCACUGAAAACGAUGCCUCCCUUGUAAUCACAAAUAUAAUGCUGGAGGAUUAUGGGAAAUACAAAUGUGAAGUGAUUGAAGGUUUAGAAGAUGACACAACUGUCAUAUCUUUGGACUUAGAAGGCAUUGUAUUCCCUUACUUCCCACGACUGGGUCGUUACAACUUAAACUUCCACGAGGCUCAGCAAGCCUGCCUGGACCAAGAUGCAGUUAUCGCUUCCUUUGACCAGUUGUACGAUGCGUGGAGAGCAGGCCUGGACUGGUGCAAUGCUGGCUGGCUCAGCGACGGGUCAGUGCAAUAUCCCAUUACGCAUCCCAGGGAGCCUUGCGGUGGGAAGAAUACAGUGCCUGGAAUCCGGAAUUAUGGCUUCUCAAAUAAAGAUCAAAGUAGAUAUGAUGUCUUCUGUUUUACAUCCCAUUUUAAUGGCCGUUUUUACUACCUAAUACACCCAACCAAGCUGACCUACGAUGAAGCAGUGCAUGCCUGCCUCAAAGAUGGUGCACAGAUUGCUAAAGUAGGCCAAAUGUUUGCAGCCUGGAAACUCCUGGGAUACGACCGCUGUGAUGCCGGCUGGCUGGCUGAUGGCAGCGUCCGCUACCCCAUCUCUAGGCCAAGGAAACGCUGCAGUCCUACUGAAGCAGCAGUCCGCUUUGUGGGCUUUCCCGAUAAAAAGCACAAGCUCUAUGGUGUCUACUGCUUUAGGUCAUACCAGUGAAUGUACCUAGAGCACAACAACAUCCGAUCCAUCAUGUGAAGGAUUUUGUUUCAAUGAACUCAUGCAAGUUACCAAAACUGUGAUAAAUCUUUUUUACUUACUGUAAAGAGUCAUUUUCAUAAAAAACAAAAACAAAACCCAACCUAUUAAUUUGUUUUGGUUAUUUUUUUGUUUAAAAAACUAUCAUUCAAUAGAUAUUUUAAAUUAAUAUAAUUUAAAGGAAGCUUAGGUAAGGAAGUGCUUGAAGUGUAACUGUUUAAGCUACGUCAUUCCAACAAAGCAUAUUUUUUCAUGAAUGGGGCAUGCAAUAGCUUGAUGAUUGCUAGGACUUAAGUUAAGGAAUGUAAGGCUACUCAAAGCAGACACCUUUCCGAGUUUACAUAUUUGCAUCAUGUUAAAAUAGAAUAAUGAGAUCUGCAGGUCUGAACUACAUUAAUCUUUCCUUGACUGCCAUGUGGUUUUGCGAGCAGUUAAAUACAAAGAUGUGAACACGAGUUAAAGUGACUGCUUUUUUUGAAGUCUGCAAUACGAGAACUGCUUCACUAUUUAAAAUCCUGCCUUUUAUCAAAACCUGCUCAAUAAUCUCAUAACAUUCCAACAAACACAGCUAAAUCUUCUGAACGUCAUUCCCAGUCUUAUUGUGUAUGUAGUAGAUAAAUGUGUGUAUGAAUAAUUAAAGGAUGGGUCCUACCUUCUUCUUAAUGCAAACUAAAUAUGCCUGAGAUGUAUUGCAUUAUCUUUGAGUAGCUUCACGGAGAGGAUUUCUUUUUCUUACUCUAAAGGCCAUUUUGCUAAGCAACAUUUACUCAGGGCAGUUAUAUAUAAAUGAACUGCUGGACAGAAAGAAACACAAAUGUCUGAAAUUUAGCAGCUUGAUUCAUGUUAGCUUUUAAAAUAGUAUUGUCUUUAUAAAUGAAGCAUUUAAAUAUUUAAAUAUUUCAUUCUUAGUUAUACAUGUGAAAGUCAAACAUUUGAAUGAAUCUUGAAACAUAUUUAUCCACUCUAUGAUUACAAAAGAAAAAAAACAACCUCUGAUCCCAAUCAUGAAAGGGGAAGAUAUUUUUGUAAUCAGUUCCCCAUGUACAUUCCAAUUUGUGAAUGUAGUUUUUCUUUGCAUUUCCCCACUCAUGGUAAUGUCAUGCCUAUGGUGCUUUCUCUCCAUUGGAGUGUAGGAGCAAAGAAUUCCCAUGCCCACAAAUGAUCAGGAAGAAUAUUAUCUACUUCACCCAGAUAGUUAUUUCUGACUCUCCAGCUUAUCAGUAUUCCGAUUAUGGGAUAUUAACCCCUGCUACAGAACCCAGGAAAAGUUACUUAUUACCUGAUCUUCCUGAGGGAAAGCAUUAAAAGAGCAACAGAUGCAACAGGGUGGGCAGACCUGCCUAGAAGACAAAAAUUAGUUCUGUUGAAACUAAUGAGAAAAGUUAGUCAUGAUUAACUGAAGUCCCACGGCAUUCAAUGGAACUUAAAGUACAAUUCUAAACAUGUCCACUGAAAAGUAAAUCCCAUUCCAGUUAUUCCCAGUCCCAGAUAAGCAGGUUUUAGGAUUCCAGCCCAUCUAGCUAGACAGUUGACAGUGAAUCAAUUUUUCAAUAGUUACAGUGGCCUCAUACUUCUAUAUCAAGCAUGGUUUCUUAUUUGCCAUGCAAGGUAGCUUUAUAAUAUAUGUCUGUGCUUUGAUAUACAUAUCACAGCAUUCAAAUACUUAUGAGCAGUGUAGUCAACUGAUUGUAAUCUUUCCUUGUUUAUUAGAAGGGACCAGAUGUACUGAUUGUGUCCCACACUGGCCAUUCUUUCGAUAGGAGGCAUAGAAUGUCAAGUGCUAGUUGGUGCCAAUGUAAUCAGCUCAGGGCAAUCUUACAUGGUUUAUAACUAAAAUAUGAGGAGGAGGAGGAGGAAAAUCAAAGGAAAGGGCAUGUGCGUGCAUUGAUUAAAACACAGUGCAAUUGCCUCAAGAUUCCUUUUUUGUGCAGUUUUAAGCAACGUGCAAAUAUUCUGGUGCUCACUUUAAAACUGCCCAGGAUCUGUACACGUGCAGAGUCUUGAACAAAGUCUGGAAAUAAAAUAGAAUGGUGGGUCACUAAUGCAAAGGUGGCACUCUGUAAACAAGAUCAGAUAUAAUUUGGAACCCCAAAAUCUGGGAGAAAUGUUGUAAGCAUCCAAAGAAUUUACUGAGCGGAAGAGCAGCUGCAAUUCAUUCAUCGAUUUGUGUUUAGAAAGUUUGACUUUUGAAGGUUUCUGUAAUCUGGCCCAAGAUGUUAGGAAGAAGGGAGAGAGAGCAACAAUGGGGUAUAUGGAGGAAGAGAAAUGAAAAAAGAGAUAAUCACAAGAAAAGAAAAGAAAGAAACAGAAAAUCUGUUUCGCAUCCUGCCUAAUAUGUUUUCCUUUUCAGGAACAUGCAGCAAAAAUAUGAGAAGCUAAGAACUAAUGGGAUAAGAGUUUAUAGUCUAAAGCACUACAACUCCCAUCAGUCCCAGCUUGCACAGUUGGGAUUUGUAGUCUAAAAUAUAUGGAGGGCACCAGGUUGGGAAAGUCUGUUCUAAAGAAAACAGGAGUGAGUGAGAAAGUUUUCCAUUGGCUAAAGGAAAAUAUAUAUUUCAGCAGUUGCUACACUGCACUCUGCCUUUUUUAGCACCGUGAGACUGUAAUCCUAUAUCUACUUAACUGGAAGUAAGACCCAUUUAACUGGGAUUCACUUUUUGAGUUGAUAUUAUGGGAUUGAGCUGUGAGGCAGUUUUAUUUGUAAAGAAUCCAAGGUUAACCUUUGCAAAGUAUCAAGUCACUUUCCAAAGCUUCUCUCAGACAUAGAAUAAUAACCCAAGCUAUCAGAACCAAACAAUGGUUGUUUUUAAAACAUCCAUUUAAAAUUCAUCGGUUUACUGUUAAGACAAAGGGCAUAUACUACUCCUCCCUUGGAACCAUGCUUGGUCACAUUUAAAUGUGAUUAUAUUCUUUAUUGUAGCACAACUGAUAUGCUUUCACAAAUAUUUCUGUGCAGUUUUAAAAAUAAAUAAAUAAAUCAGUUUCCUUAUGAGCUGAAAGAUCUAUUAACUAGGUUAUGCGGUAUGAGUGUAUUAGAGUAUUGUGAUAUAUUAUGGUUCCAAACAAACUCAUAAUACCAAAUGCAUCUUUGCAUGAAUUUGAAAAUACCUUU